ACAACGAAAAGAUAAGAAAACCAGUUGUGUAUAGUCUAUGUGUAUGGUUAUUUAAAGUGUAUGUGUAUUUAUAGAACAUGGUGAAAUAGGUUAAAAAAUUAUAUAACACUGUUAUUUAAUUCAUAGACACAAUGAUCCAAUGGACAUAUUUAGAGCUGUUUAUAUUUAUAACUGUGGGGUUAUUUACAUGGCUAUGGAUAAGAUCUAGAAGACCGAACAGUUAUCCGCCAGGUCCAACACCCCUUCCACUAAUAGGGAACUUUUAUAACAUCUCAGAUGGAGAUUUCCUUAGAGCAGUACGGGAUCUCAGGAAUAAACAUGGCGAUAUUUUUAGCAUGUCACUUGGAACAUAUUGGGUGAUUGUUGUCAACGGUGCAGAUAACAUUCGUGAAUUGCUCAACUCGAAAGGAGAAAAGAUGUUAGACAGACCACCAAUUUAUAUAUUGAAAUUAAACGACAGUUAUGGUAUCCCGUCAUCCAGCGGAAGAUUAUGGAAAGAACAUAGAACAUUUGCUUCAAACAAAUUGAAGAAUUUUGGAUUUGGUAAGCGCAAUUUUGAAUCCAGGAUUUUGGAAGAAGUAGAAGUAUUUUUAGAUUCCCUGAAAGGAUACAAAGAAAAACCUGUUGAUUUAAGAGACAUAAUUAACAUAAGUAUAUCCAAUAACGUUAUGUCAAUUGUGAUUGGACGAAGAUUCGAUUAUGACGAUCCUAAAUUCAAAUAUUAUAUUGACCUCCUUGGUCAUAAUUUCAGAAAUUUAGAAGUUGCAGGUGUGUUGGCAUUCUUACCUCAGAUUUUCACCAAAUUACCAGGGGAUCCGUUCGGAGCUCACAAGCUAGACGAUCUUAUUGCUAAAACUAGAGAGUUUUAUAUUAACGAAGUAAAGGAGCAUAAGGAACAUUUCGACGAAAAUAACAUCAACGAUUUUAUUGAUGCUUUUAUCAAAGAAAUGAAAGAAAGAAAAGACGAAGAGGACACAACUUUUACAGAUAAGCAGCUGACUGCAGUUGUUGGUGACCUUUUCUCAACAGGAACAGAAACCACAUCAACAACAAUUAUGUGGGCAAUCCUGUACCUAAUUCGCAAUAAACAUAUUCAAGAUAAGAUGCACCAAGAAAUUGUAGACGUUGUCGGACAUUCCCGUUUACCAAAUAUGGCAGACAAACCAUGUCUACCGUAUUGUGAGGCGGUUAUUCUUGAGUCAUUACGAUUAGGAAACAUAGUUCCGUUUGCGAUUCCAUACUAUGUGACAGAGGACUUUAUAUACAAAGGAUAUACGUUUCCUAAAGGCGCCAUUAUAUUUCUUAGCAUUGAUUCUGCUUUGUCAAGUGAGGAAACAUUUCCGAACAGCGAUGAAUUUAAUCCAGACCGUUUCAUUGAUGCAGAUGGCAAUCUACAUGGUCAAGAGAAAAUUUUAGCUUUUUCAGCAGGUAGGAGGGUUUGUCUUGGGGAAUCUUUAGCCAGAAUGGAGUUGUUUCUUUAUCUGACUUCAAUGGUGCAAAGAUACGAGUUUCUAUCACCGGAAGGACAGGAUCCACCCUCUACUGAAGGACACCUGGGUAUAACUCGCACACCGUUACCAUAUAACUGUAGAGCUAUUCUACGUAACUGACCUUGGUAGAACUCGCACACAUAUAACUGUAGCUCAAAACUAGAGAUAUUCUACGUAACUGACCUUGGUAGAACUUGCACAUAUAUAACUGUAGCUCAACACUAGAGAUAUUCUACGUAACUGACCUUGGUAGAACUCGCACACAUAUAACUGUAGCUCAAAACUAGAGAUGUCCUACGUUACUGACAAUUUAGCAUUGAUUUGAACGAGACAGAAAUCCCGAAAAUCUGGAGCCUAUAUUUAUUAAUGUUGUGUAUUUUAAUUACUUCAGAUUCAUUCAUUGUGUGGGUACUAAUUUUCGUGGAUUGAGGAAAUAUUGUGUUUUCUACGAUAUUUGAUUUCGCGGAAUUGUCAAAUUCUGCAUACAAACCUUUACAAAAUAUGUUGAACAUUUAAAUUCGUGCUUUACAUGUACUCACGACAGCCACGAAAAUUGGUACUCCAUGAAUAAUAAUGAAUCCACAGUAAAGUAUUUUGAUUAUAUUAAAAUGUCAUCUUAACAGAA